GUAGCGUCCGCGCAAACUUAUAAACCAAUUUGCUCCGCGCUGGUUUUCCUCUCCUUCGCCCUCUUGCAAGCUUGAAUCGCCCUGUCGACACUCGUCGUGACCAUUUCCAGCGCGGCCGUCGCAAAUCAACCCAGAUCUCCGCGCCUAGACCCAGCGGCCCACCAUGACAGGGACUAAGGAGCACGUCCCGGCCUCCGACAGCUUCGGCGACGGUGUCGGCAAGUUCGACGAAGCGAGCAAUGACCGCUACGAUGUCGAGAGCCCCGACGUGGGCCCUCAGUGCCCCCCGCACACUACGCAGCGCAAACUCAUGUCCAAGAUCGACAGCCACAUCCUGCCCUUCAUCAUCGUUCUCUACCUCCUCGCCUUCCUCGACCGUGUCAACAUUGCCAAUGCGCGGUCCUUCAGCCUGGAAGCCGAUCUUGGCAUGGACGCUGGUGGGACACAGUACAACACUGCUCUCGUGAUUUUCUUCGUCCCAUAUGUCUUGGCGGAAAUCCCCUCGAACAUCUUUCUCAAGCGAUUUUCUCCAAAGGUCUGGCUGCCGGCGUGUAUGCUGGGUUUCGGUGUCGUGACGACGUGCCAGGGCCUGGUCCAGAACUACUCGGGCCUGCUCGCGACACGCUUCUUCCUGGGCCUGUUUGAGGCUGGCCUGUUCCCUGGCUGCUUCUACCUCCUCAGCAUGUGGUACAAGCGCGCCGAGGCGCAGAAGCGAUAUUCCCUCUUCUUCGCUUCCACGUCCCUGGCCGGUGCCUUUGGCGGCCUGCUCGCGUCGGCCAUUGGAAAGAUGGACGGCGUUCGCGGUUACCACGGCUGGCGGUGGAUCUUCAUCAUCGAGGGAGUUCUGACCUGCGUGGUUGCUUUCUUCUUUUACCCCUUCUUCCCCGAGUUCCCUGAGCAGGCCAAGUUCUUGACCGAUGACGAGCGCACGUUUGUGAAGCUUCGCCUGCAAGCCGACCAGGGCCACAACGCCGCUGAGCGCAGGACGAGCUUCCGCGACGUGCUCACAGUGAUGAAGGACUACCGCAUCUACCUCGGCGGGUUUAUGUACUUUGGCCUGAUCGUCCCGGCAUACGGAUACGCCUACUUUGCGCCUGCGAUCAUCUCGACCUACAACUACGACCCCAUCCAGACGCAGCUGCACUCGGUGCCGCCAUGGGCGGCCUCCUUUGGCUUCUCGCUCCUCAUUGCGGCUCUGUCGGAUCGCUUCCGGCACCGGGCUUUCUUUGCGCUCGCGCCGCUCGCCCUGGCCAUCAGCGGGUUUGCCAUCCUGCUGACCAUCCACAACAACACGCCUGUUCAGUACAUGGCGCUGUGCUUUGUCACGAUGGGCUGUUACGGGGCCAUGCCUAUCAUUAUUUGUUGGUUUGCGAUGAAUCUUGGCGGCCACCACCGGCGAGCCAUCGGCACGGCGUGGCAGGUUGGCUUCGGCAACAUAGGCGGCAUCAUUGCGACGUUUGCCUUCCUGGCCAAGGACAAACCCUUCUACCGCCCGGGGUACUCGAUCUGCAUCGGCUUCACGGUGCUCAGCGCGGUCGCGAGCACCAUCUACCUGCUGAGCAUCAUGCGGGAGAACCGGCGGCGGGCCAAGACGGUGACGGACGUGGGCAUGACCGAGUACGACAAGUCGGAGCUGGGCGACCUGAACCCGGACUUCAGGUACAUGUACUAGGUACGGCGAAAAGGCUGUGCGUGCAGACACAAAAGAAAAAAAAGCCCACUCUGGCGGCGUUGACUGAUGUCGAGGCUGCUCGGGUUGGCCUAAAAAUGCUUUUGUUGUUUCUGUCUCAUGGGAUUAUUGUCCACAUUCAGAGGAGGUGUGGCGGGCUGAAGUCGGGCAUCUAUGUACAGAAAAUGAGGUUACGACUUUUUGAUGAUGAGAAACUGCUGAAAUUUUUGGACACAAUAUACCCCACGAUCAAACUUGAUCAGUACAUUGUACAAGUCAUCGAUGCUCUCUCUCUCUUUGUGUGUGUGAAUAAUGAGCACAUGCAGCAUUUGCAAAGUGUCGAGAUGGUGGUGAUUGAUGGUGAUACAAUCAUCGAAGCAAAGUAUGCACACAUUGUGGAUCCGGGGAUCUUGCCGAGAACAAAACAAAGCUGGGGUCGAUUCUGACACAAAAAAAAAAAAGG